GCGAAGAUGUUCAAAGUUUUGUUCCUUUUGUGCGGAGUGUUCGCUGUCCUGAUCCAGGCUCGCCCCAGCUACUUGCCCAGCUAUGAGCACGUGGAAUACGCACCCAGUGUGCUGGGAUACGAGAGUUACGCCCUUCCAGCCGCCGUGUCCCACCAGAGUUCCACGGUGGUGCACGAGAAGCGCCCCUACUGGCGCCCCAUUGUGGAUCACACGCCCAUCCUGAAGGCAGCCUAUGCCCCAACUACUUCGAUCUCGUAUGCUCCACUUGGAUACUCCGGCAGCAGUGCGGGAUGGUACGAGCCGGGAAUCUGGGGAGGAGCCAGUUACCCCAGCAUUUACCUGAAGUAG